AUGCCUAUGAAGGGAAGAUUUCCGAUCAGGAGGACUCUGGAAUACCUCCAGAGGGGCGAAAUCAUCUUUAAAAACAGAGUGAAGAUCAUGACGGUGAAUUACAACACGCAUGGAGAGCUGAGCGACGGAGCAAGGAAGUUUGUGUUCUUCAAUGUUCCUCAGAUUCAGUACAAAAACCCGUGGGUCCAGAUAAUGAUGUUCAAAAAUAUGACCCCAUCACCGUUCUUGAAGUUCUACCUGGACGACGGGGAGCAAGUCCUGGUGGAUGUGGAAGGGAAGGACUACAAACAAAUUUCAAAACAUGUGAAUACGAUUUUGGGCAAAUCACAAGAAGUGUUACAAGCUGAGGCUCAAGCCAAGAUGCAGGCCUCCAACCCCGCCAACUUUGGGCCAAAAAAUUACUGUUUGAGGGAGUGUAUCUGCGAGGUGGACGGCCAGGUGCCGUGUCCUGGCAACACGCCGCUGCCCAAGGAGAUGACGGGCAAAUACCGUGCCAAGAUGGCAGCUUUACAGGAAUGAGGAGAGCGGACUAUUGUAGACUCACUGGACAAUAUUGAGGCACCGUGAUGUUGCGUUUGAUUUUGUACGAUUACAUAGAAAGGAUAUUUCUGUUGUAAAUAUGUGUAACUGAAUGGGUUCGACUGCGCUGUGAGGUCGUCACUGGCUGACUUUCCAGUCCACCAUAAACUGCAGAAUGACAUUGUGGGCAGUUCAUACUUGGUCUUGGUUUGGAUAACUUGACUUCCCACCUGGUAUUUGUAGAUGAUGUGAAAAAUCCACCCAUCUGGAUCCAGCACAGUGUUACUCCACAAUGUAAACAUUCAAAUAAACUAAUUUGUCUGUGUGGCUGUAGUGGUCGCUCUAUGUAAAAUCAGGAAAAUCUUAAACCUUACGGAAGUGUCACCAGAUUUAUGACAGGAACAAGAAAUACACACAUUUUACAGAGACAACUUUUUUUUUUUUUUUUUUUAUUGGUGCUGAGAUGGAAUUUUCUAAAGUUAACAAAUUGAUGUCGGUGUGUCAAAUGUUUAAAUCUUGCAAUUGUUUUAAAUGCAAAAGUAUUGCUAAAAUCAACUGCUAACGCACAUUAAAGAAGCUCCUCGAGUUAUUCACACUAUCACAAAACAUUUACAUUGUCACAUGUUUUGCUUACAGUCUUCUGUGGAUGUCACAGAUAAGCAGUGUGAGAUCAACAGGCUGCACACAAUGUUUUUGUCUGUGAAGAGAAAUAUGGACAUUCUGACUGAUAGGAAAGCACUAUAGCAAAUCAAUGUAAGGACUUAGCAGCACUGAGUGAUAAUACUGGCUGGCAUUCAUGUAGUGUUCAUUUAUAUGCCAAAAGAAUGUCUAAAAUGUUGCUUUGACUUGA